UUUGCGACAACAUUUGCGACAUUAAGUUACGCCACUAUCCGGUCAGAUAUCCGAUACCUAAGCUGACCACCCGAUUGCCGUUCAAACGUAAUCCGCUGGACAUUACUGUCGGCGGCGAUGAACUAAACCGUUGGCUAUACCGACAGUUCCCGACCAGUCAUAUAUCAGUUAAUAAAUAUAUGAAACAAGUUUUUACAGCCAAACUGUGUACAGCCUAUUACUAUCCUAAAUGUCUGGAUAGGGACAGGUAUUAUCAUAUGUUACAGCAUAUGAUCUACUAUUAUAUAAUGGACGACAAAACUGAUGAACCGUCCGGUCCAUUGAACAACAAUAAUAUGGACGAAUGUCGCCGAGUUUGGUCACAAGUGGCCAAACUAUUUGCCGAUAUCAGUAGCGGCGGUGGUGGCGGCGAGGGAGACCGUAUGGAGUCAUAUGUUCGGGAAAUACAGCCAACAUUUACGGACAUUUAUCGGUCAUUCAAUGGCCAACAGUGGUCGCGUUUUGUCGAUACCUGGUUGGACUACGUGAACGGUAAUAUUGAACAAAAUGAGGCCAAAAAUCAACGGUUCGCUUCUCUGGAUCAAUUGCUAAAAAAUCGCCGCAAAACUGCUGGUGUAAUACCAACUACACUAACCCUGGAGUAUGCCUACAAGUUUGAACUACCGGAGCCCGACUGGUUGGACCCGCGUAUGCAAACAUUGAUUCAAUUGGCAACCGACCAGAUUAUAUUAGUUAACGAUUUGUUUUCGUUUGAAAAAGAGAUAAUGGCCAACAUUGGACAACAAUCUCUAACUACGGGCACCGGUAGCUCAUUCAUUCAUAAUGAUUACAAUAAUGAUAGCCAUAUAUUGCCGCAAAUGGCCAACACUGUGGCCAUAACUGCUGUUAAACACAAGUGUUCAAUACUAGAGUCGCAGACAAACAUUAUUAGACGUAUUGAACAAUUGGAGUCAGAAAUCCUAAAACUAGUUAUCGAUUGGGAAACCGGUGGCCGACAGUCGUUACCGUUAAGUCCCGGUGCCCGACAGUUCAUCAAUGGUCUACUUUAUAUGGUUGGCGGUAACUGUCGGUACAGUUUAGGCUGCGAUCGUUAUAAUAAUUUUAUGAACUAA